AUGUCAGACAAAGAGGACCAGGAGUUGCAGCAGCUCUGGAAACUAUUCCAGGAUUCUCCUGAGGAAAUUAAACAAAGAAGACAGCAGAUUACCAAAAUCAUCCACGAUGACCAGAAGUCUGAGUUUCCUACUCUGAUGUCUAUAGUGACAGCAUUUGAUGAGCUUCUAGGAUGUUUUUCCUUGGGUGGCCAGCUUAAGAACUAUUACAGAUAUGGUAGUAUGGAUACGUGUCUGAGACAGCGAGAGAAGUUGUGGUUUGCUAUUGGUAAUGGAAGCUUUACUGAAGAGAAGAAACCCAAGCCAGUAGAAGAAUUGUCACCCAAAGAGCUAUCCAGCAGGACGAAAAUCCAGGAGUUUUACAAGAAGAGAUUAUUAGAAGACAAGGCUCGCGGGAGCUCUGAAGAUAUAUGGAAUCAGCGUGAAGAACCGUUGGAUAACCCGUUUAAGAAGUAG